AUGUCGACCAGCAAAGCUGAGGGGCGCCGUGAGGAUGCGCUUGCGAAGCAGCGCACCCAGAUGCGAGAGGAGUUCGAGCGGCAGAAGCAGAACCUCAUCAACGAGACGGAGAAGGCGCGCCCGUCUUCCAACCGUUUCGUCGGGCAGAAUGACUCUAUGGAAGACACGCUGAAGAAGAGUACUGUCGGGCUGGUGCGUCUGGAGGACUUCCAGCAGAGGCGCAAGGAGUUGGAGGAGGCGAAGGCUCGUGAGGCAGCGCGGACGAGCGAGCUGAAGGAUGAACAGAAGCGGGUUAAGAAGCGCAAGAAGACUGCUAAAUCGACGCUGUCGUUUGCUAUAGAUGACGAGGAGGAGGAGGAGGGUGCUACGUCGUCGAACGGAAAUGGGGACGGAGAACAACCGGCCAAGCGUGCAAAGUCGCGCAAAAACCCCGGCGUAGAUACAUCAUUCCUGCCCGACCGUGACCGCGAAGAGGCCGAGCGCCGACAAAGAGAGGAGCUGCGUCAGGAGUGGCUGAAGAAGCAGGAGGAAAUGAAACAAGAGGACAUCGAAAUCACUUAUUCAUUCUGGGACGGUAGUGGUCACAGGAAGAGUGUCAUGUGCAAGAAAGGCGAUGAUAUUUCCACUUUCCUCGAGAAGUGCAGACAACAAUUCCCAGAACUCAGAGGCGUCAGCGUCGACAAUCUGAUGUAUGUGAAGGAGGAUCUCAUCAUCCCACACCACUACACUUUCUAUGACUUUAUCGUCAACAAGGCCCGCGGAAAGUCUGGACCUCUUUUUAACUUUGAUGUGCACGACGAUGUGCGUCUCUUGGCCGACGCCACUAUUGAGAAAGACGAGUCGCACGCGGGGAAGGUCGUAGAACGGAGUUAUUACCAGCGAAACAAGCAUAUAUUCCCUGCAUCUCGAUGGGAGGUAUAUGACCCGGAGAAGAAGUACGGGAAAUACAAGAUCGCUUGA